AAUGGUUAAUACCGGCGCGCGCACACAACGGCCUUAAAUGCCCGCUCCCUUUUAAUUUCUUCCCGCUUAAUCGGCGAUCAGCCGGCAGCCGCAGGCUACAUUAACCCACUGCAUGAGUUGCCUGUCCGCUCGGGAUCAGACGGAGCUUUUUUUAUCGGGACUAACGCUUGACUUGACGCGCGCGCACUCGCCAGCCAACGUAUGCGCGUACAGUACAUAAUAUUAUGUCGGUCCUUAUUUAUGGGCUGUAUUUGCACUUUUGACAGACAAUUUCCGUGCUGACCUUUGCCGCGACUAUAACUUGAUUUGCCCGUUGGACGGCCGGCGUCAUGUUGAUGCAAGCUCCCUCGUUCUCAUUCUCCUCGCUGACCAUGGCUUUCCUCACCGCGAUACUCCUUAUGCGCUUGGCGGCCCCCGCGCCCCUUCCCGCCACCACCAAGAACGCCGCCGCCACGGCGCUGACCGGCAACCUCCUUUCCAUUUGCAUAACUAACUGUGCACAGUGCCAUGAUUUGGUUGGAGAUAUAUUCGACCACAGAAAAUGCAGUCGCGACUGUAUCCAGAAGCGUGGGACAUUCUUGCCGGACUGCACCAAUCCCUCAUCGAUACGCGACUACCUAAUGCUGAAGAAAUUGGCGGUGCUCAACACCGACCGGUGAUGGAUGUCUCGACGUGUCGAACUCCCACUCUCGAUCGCAGCAGUGCCACAUACAGCGGUGGACGGACGGCAGUCUACACGCCGCGCACCACUGGUUUUCCAUAAACCACUCAUUCCGGAUUUUAUGCAACGUUCGGCAACCGCCCUAGCUGCCAGCUCCAACGCCCGCCUCCACUCUCUUGCCACCAACGUGUAAGCGCCAUCAACAUCCAUUAUCCAGAUGCCGGCUGACCGGCAUGCCACGCAUCGCCUCCUUCCCCAACAUUCCGACGUUCUCCGCCGCCGUUGAUGGAUGCACGUCGCCCAUCGAUAUAUAAGUAUCGCCAACUAAACGCCGUUCAAACCAUCGAUUAUAUACAGAGACCGUUUUAUUUUUUCUUCUUCCGAUUUAUUUUGCUCUUGUCGUGUCGGCUUGGACGGCUUGCCAAGCGUCGCUCAUGAUUAAUAUGCUGCUAAUUUGUUAGCGUGCGCGGCUCUACGAAAGGUCAUCGUGUCAUAUUAUGCAGUACUCUGGCCAAAUUAAAAGAAAACCAGUGGAAACGUAUUCAUAAGCUAUCGCAUGUUUCAUAUUAAAC